AUGAGCACCCAGAACGAGACGGCAACCAAUUCCGAUGAUGAAUCGGCAGCAAACGAUACGUCCUGGCCCGAGAAUGGCCACGAGGAACUGAGAAAGAUCGCCACUCGACAAUCUACCAAAUCAGCAGCUGAAGCCAAAGGCUCACAUGAAGCCCAAUCGGCAGCUCUUGACCCUCGAAGCCCAGGCUUUGAUUAUAUGGCAUGGACAAAGCACCAAGUGGAACAAUUCGAGAGAGACAGAACCGCAAGACGAACAGGGGUGGCUUUCAGGAAUGCCACUGUGCAGGGCCAUGGCGCAGAAAUCCAAAUCCAACAUACUGUCGCGUCGAAUCUUCUAGCUCCAGUACAGGGAAGUCUAUCGCGGCGUGGCAAACAGAAGAAAACAAUUCUGCACGACGUUCACGGGAGUCUCGAGCACGGUGAGAUGCUACUGGUGCUCGGUAGACCAGGAGCUGGGUGCUCGACUUUCCUGAAAACCCUGGCUGCUGAGAUGGAGGGACUUGACUUGUCCGCAGAUGCAGUCCUCAAUUAUGAUGGGAUCUUGCAACCGGAGAUGAAGAAGUACUACAAGGGAGAGAUUCUUUAUAACCAAGAAGUCGAAAAACAUUUUCCUCAUCUCACCGUGAGCCAAACACUUGAUUUCGCCGCAGCGGCACGCGCCCCCAAGAUUCGCCCUGAUGGAAUGUCUCGAAAUGAGUACACCACGCACAUGCGGGGUGUAGUGAUGGCGAUAUUCGGUUUAUCACAUACGGUCAACACGAAGGUUGGCAAUGACUUUGUUCGCGGCGUCAGUGGAGGGGAGCGCAAGCGCGUAUCAAUUGCAGAGAUGGCGCUGGCAGGCUCGCCGCUUUGCUGCUGGGACAAUGCCACCCGCGGUCUGGACUCGGCGUCUUCUUUGGACUUUGUCAAGGCACUGCAGAUUGGUUCCAAGGUCUUCGGAACAACGCACAUAGCCACGCUCUAUCAACCAUCGCAGGCAAUUUACCAUCUCUUCGACAAGGUGGCAGUCUUGUACGAGGGACGUGAGAUCUUCUUCGGCCUUGCCUCGCAAGCGAAACAGUAUUUCCAGAGCAUGGGCUGGCAUUGCCCUGCCAGGCAGACGACUGCGGACUUCUUGACCAGUGUGACGAACCCUAACGAGCGGCAAGCUUCGACGGGCUUUGAGGAUAAGGUCCCCAGGACACCUGAAGAAUUUGAAGCACACUGGCGAAACAGUCAGGAAUAUCAGCAACUCAUGCAGGAAAUAUCAGACUACGAAGCAAGAUACACCAGCAAUUCCGAAUCCACCCAAGCGUUCAAAGAGAGUCAUGUCAUGCGUCAAGCUCGACACGCCCGUCCAAAGUCUCCCUACUUGAUCACUGUCCCCAUGCAGAUCAAGAUAUGCAUGGUCCGGUUCUACCAACGCGUAUGGAAUGAUCUACCGUCCACCUUAACCCUGAUGAUUGGCCAGAUUGUCUUCUCGCUGAUUAUCGGGUCCCUCUUCUAUGGAUUACCGUUCGGAACGCAGGACUUUAGCUCCAAAAUGUCCGCGUUGUUUUUCGCGAUUCUUCUCAACUCUCUACUCACGGUGUCCGAAAUUCAGAAUCUCUAUGCGCAACGUCCAAUAGUGGAGAAACAUGCUUCGUACGCCUUCUAUCACCCGUUCUCGGAGGCCCUAGCCGGCGUAUGUGCGGAUUUUCCAAUCAAACUCGCAAACAGUCUGGCUUUCAAUAUUAUUUUCUAUUUUAUGUGUGGACUACGCUACGAUGCUGGCCCAUUCUUUGUCUUCUAUCUAUUUGUGACAAUGGCUCUAUUGUGUAUGAGCCAGGUCUUCCGUUCCCUGGCAGCCGUGUCGAAGGCGAUCCCACAGGCACUUGCGGCGGCGGGUGUCAUUCUACUCGCAACAGUGAUCUAUACCGGCUACCUUCUCCCGCAACCCAGCAUGCACCCUUGGUUCAAAUGGAUCUCUUACAUCAACCCGCUCCGAUACGCAUUCGAGGCUCUGGCUGUGAAUGAGUUUCAUGGUCGGAAUUUCCCUUGUUCCGCCGUGAUUCCCGCAUACCCGGGGUUUACCAGCGGAUCUGGCUCCUACUUCAUCUGUGGCGAGAAGGGCGCGAUUGCUGGGGAAUUGUUCGUCAGCGGAGAUCGGUAUCUCUCCGUGAGCUACGGCUAUGAGUAUCAACAUCUGUGGAGAAAUUUCGGCAUCCUCUGUGCCUUCACCAUCGCCUUUCUCGCUUUCUACCUGGUGGCGACCGAACUCAACUCCCGCUCGUUUUCCGGGGCUCAGAGCCUGCUUUUCCGUCACGGCCAUGUCCCCCUCGCAUUUCAACAAUACAUCCAGGAGCCUGGGGCUUCGGUUCUCACUGCACCUCAGGACAAAGAGGAAACAGAGCCUCCAUUGCCGCCGCACCGCGACACGUUCACCUGGCGUAAUGUCUGCUACGAUAUCGAAAUCCAAAAGGAAAAGCGUCGUUUGCUGGACAAUGUCAGCGGAUGGGUGAAGCCUGGUACUCUGACUGCGUUGAUGGGCGUGUCUGGUGCGGGAAAGACCACUCUGCUCAACGUUCUGGCCGGGCGCGUUUCGGUGGGCGUGGUGAUGGGAGACAUACUCGUUAAUGGAUCGCCUCUCGGGGCGAGCGUCCAACGCAGCACGGGGUACGUGCAACAACAGGGUCUACACCUGCACACUGCCACAGUUCGUGAAUCAUUACAGUUCUCCGCCCUGCUCCGACAGCCCAAGUCCGUUCCCGUGGCCGAAAAGUAUGAGUUCGUGGAAAAAGUUAUCCGCAUGCUUAACAUGGAGGAGUUCGCCGAAGCGGUCGUGGGCUUUCCGGGUGAAGGGCUGAAUGUUGAGCAACGCAAGCUUCUUACCAUUGGCGUCGAGCUCGCUGCUAAGCCUGCUUUGCUCUUGUUUCUGGACGAACCGACCUCCGGGCUGGACAGCCAGUCCUCGUGGACCAUCAUAGCCUUGCUGCGUAAGCUGGCCUCCAACGGACAGGCAAUCUUGUGUACGAUCCAUCAACCCUCGGCGAUGCUGUUCCAGCAAUUUGAUCGCCUCCUGUUUCUGGCUAAGGGUGGUCGUACUGUCUACUUUGGUGAGAUCGGGUCAGAGUCCCGGACGAUGCUGGACUAUUUUGAGCGCCAGGGAGCGAGGAAGUGUGAUAGCGCGGAGAAUCCGGCCGAGUAUAUCCUCGAGCUCGCGGGUGCUGGAGUCAACAGGAAAGCCUCCCAGGAUUGGCCUGCAUUAUGGAAGGCAAGUUCCGAAGCUGUGGAGGUGAUGCGCAUUCUUGAGCAAGACCCGUCACGCCCUCAGAGCAGCCGAACCGAGACCGAUCCAGCAACUGAGUCCGAGGAGACCGCUUUUGCCAUGCCGUUCAAGGAUCAGUUUGCUGCUGUUCUUCGCCGCAUAUUUCAACAAUACUGGCGAUCGCCCGAGUACAUCUACAGCAAGCUGGCCUUGGGAGUGCUUUCGGCUCUCUUCGUCGGCUUUUCCUUCUACCUACCUGGCACCUCGGAGCAAGGGCUGCAAUCGUCAAUUUUCUCCGUCUUUAUGAUGACCGCAAUCUUCACGGCGUUAGUCCAACAGAUCAUGCCUCAGUUCAUUGUGCAGCGCGACCUCUACGAAGUCCGCGAACAGCCGUCCAAAACCUACCACUGGGCCGCAUUUCUAGGCGCUAACCUACUGGCUGAAGUCCCGUGUCAGAUAAUAGUCGCAAUUCUCGUGUACGCCAGCUUCAUCUACCCGGUUUACGGGAUUGUGGACUCGCAGCGCCAGGGGGUACUCCUGCUCCUGAUCGUGCAGUUCUUCGUGUACGGGUCGACCUUCGCGCACGCGGUGGUGGCCGUGCUCCCGGACGCCGAGACCGCGGGCCUGAUCGCCACGAUGCUCUUCAACAUGACCCUGGUGUUCAACGGGGUACUCGUCCCGCCAGUCGCCCUGCCGGGCUUCUGGACUUUCAUGUACCGCGUCUCCCCGAUGACCUACCUGGUCAACGCGAUCAUCGCCACCGGCGUCAGCGGUCGUCCCGUGCACUGCGCCGACAAGGAACUGAGCGUCUUCGACGUCCCGCCUACUUACAGUACCUGUGGGGAAUACAUGGAGGCGUAUCUUCAGGCGGCAGGAGAUGCCGCGGGUACACUCCUCAACCCCAACAGCACCGAGCAAUGCCAGUACUGCCCCCUGCAGGCUGCGGAUCAGUACCUGGAGGGCCGCGAGAUAUACUACAGCCAGCGGUGGCGCAACUUUGGCCUGCUGUGGGCGUACAUCGCAUUCAACGUGGUGUUCGCGCUCGCGGUGUAUUACUUCUUCCGGGUGCGCUCCUGGAAGAGAAAGGUCUGAUUCAUCGCUCGGCACACCCCCGACUUGGAACACAGUGCGCAGGGACUUGGCCUGUAAAUGGCGCUGCUAUACAGGAUCGUAAGAGGACAUCUUACUCGGUUCCAACAAACUCCUCUUUAAAUCAAUCAUUUAGUUCUAUCAAACUCCCCUUCAAUUCCAUUUUUAAUCAUUGAUUCUUUCCUGUCGUCGCCGGAUUCCACCGGUUUCUUGUGUCUGUGGUUGGUCCAUCAUUACCGCCCCGGUUCCUUGUGCAGUGUGUGCUGCUUGAGAAAAUACCAAACACUGCCCAGAGUUGCAAUUCCUUUUUUCCAUCCCAUGAAGGCACUUCACAAACACAUAUUAUGUCAACUUUCAGACUGAAGAUCCGUCAGUUAUAUAUCUCUUGAAUCGUUUCAUAAACCCAGACUUCAAUCGCACCAUGAAUGUGAGUCAUAGAUAAACUU